AUGGACCGUGAUCACGCUCACCAGCGGGAUGAUAACAAUAACAUUAGACGAAAUACCCAAACUGCCCUUUACCUCUUUCCUAUAAAACCUCCUGCUUUCCCUAACCCUUCCAUCAUCCCUCUUUUCCGACCUCCGAUCACCGCUCUGGAGGAUUCCGGCAACGGGAGCGUGGUGCUCUCCCUAUACCAUGCGUUAAGCUCUCGCGACGUCCUAGUCGUACACAAACUCUUAGCUCCUGAUCUCGAGUGGUGGUUUCAUGGCCCUCCGUCUCAUCAGUUUAUGAUGCGAUUGCUCACCGGAACUGAUAACGAAAUCACCGACUCCUUUGAAUUCGUGCCUCUUUCGAUUGACGCCUUCGGAUCUACAGUCAUCGUCGAAGGCUGCGAUCAACGCCGUGAUAUCUCCUGGAUCCACGCCUGGACUGUCAAUUCGCAUGGGAUAAUCACACAGGUUAGGGAAUACUUCAACACUUCCCUCACUGUCACUCGGUUCCUUAACUCUACCAAACCUGUUUCCGUUACUUCGUUACAUUGCCCUUCCGUUUGGGAGAGUAGUCUCGCUAAUCGCGUCGGAAAAUCUGUUCCUGGUUUAGUUUUAGCAAUAUAA